CUUCUCUCCCAAACCAUCGCUACAAAUUCCCAAUCGCUAUUUACCAAUUUCCCAAACGCUCAUAAAAUCAAGAAAUUAAAAAUCCCAUUCUACAAACAUCGCAAUCAUCAAGAUGUCGAUCAUCCCCAGCAUCUUUGGCCGCAGAACCAACGUCUUCGAUCCCUUCUCCCUCGACGUAUGGGACCCAUUUGAAGGCUUCUCCUUCAACAACUCUCUCUUCCCAUCUCGCUCCGAUUUCGCCAGAGAAACAUCCCAGUUUGCAAACACGCAGAUUGAUUGGAAGGAGACUCCGGAAGCCCACGUCUUCAAAGCGGAUUUGCCGGGCCUUAAAAAGGAGGAGGUGAAGGUGAAUGUUGAAGAAGGGAGAGUGCUCCAGAUCAGCGGCGAGAGGAGCAAAGAGAAGGAAGAGAAGAAUGACAAGUGGCAUCGCGUCGAGAGGACUAGUGGCAAAUUCCUGAGGCGAUUCAGGUUGCCGGAGAAUGCGAAGGUGGAGGGAGUGAAGGCAGCAAUGGAGAACGGAGUGCUAACUGUAACGGUUCCGAAAGAACAGGUGAAGAAGCCCGAUGUAAAAUCCAUUGAAAUCUCUGGUUGAGAAGGAAGAAGGAAUGUUUUGUACGUGGUUUUGAUACCGUUGGCUUGUGGUGUGGUUUUGAUGCUGUUGGCUUUUGGUGUGUAGAAUUUAGGGUAGUUCUGCGGACUACCUUUUAAUAAUAAAUGCUUUUUUUU